GGCAAUCCCAGUUUGUCUGUGUAAGCUUGUCUCUGCAAUAUCCAUUCAUUCCUAAGGAGGAAUUAAGUGAUUGAGCAAGCUAAGAGAACGUACCUCUAUGAACAAUCUAUAAAGCAUAUAUACACUUGAUAGACCUAAUUUGUCUCAGAUCAAUCUUUGGAUUUCAUGAGCAAAAAGCUCAGAAGAAUCCAAAGAAAGAUCAAGGCUAGCUAGGUGUAGAUCAAUUAUUUUUCUUUUGACAAUUACAUAUAUAUGCAUAACAUGGGGAGGCCACCUUGCUGUGACAAAAUUGGGAUUAAGAAAGGACCUUGGACUCCAGAAGAAGACAUUAGCUUGGUGUCUUACAUUCAAGAACAUGGACCAGGAAAUUGGAGAGCAGUUCCUACCAACACAGGUUUGAUGAGAUGCAGCAAGAGCUGCAGGCUUAGAUGGACUAACUAUCUUCGACCUGGUAUCAAACGGGGUAAUUUCACGGAACAUGAAGAGAAGAUGAUAAUCCACCUCCAAGCCCUAUUGGGGAACAGAUGGGCUGCAAUAGCUUCAUAUCUUCCACAAAGGACAGACAACGACAUAAAAAACUAUUGGAACACCCAUUUGAAGAAGAAGCUGAAACAAAGUGAUCAAAGUGGGAGUGAUGAAGGUGUUGACCACGAGGGACAUUCUUCUUCUUCUUCUUCUAAUUCACAUCCAAAGGGUCAAUGGGAGAGAAGACUUCAAACAGAUAUCCAAAUGGCCAAGAAAGCCUUGUGUGAUGCUUUGUCCCUUCACAAGCCAGCAACAGCAACAACAACAACCCUUGUUGUGCCUGAUGAUGCCACCAAACCUUCUUCAAGUUCUCAUCAUCAACCCUACAACCAUGCAUCAUCCUCAUAUGCAUCAAGCUACGAGAACAUUUCACGAUUGAUGGAAAACUGGAUGAAACCCCCAAACUCAACGAAUAAUUCACCAGGGUAUUAUUCUUCCUUCAGCAACAUGGUCAAUAAUAAUACUAGUACUACAGGAUCCAGCUCUAGUGAGGGAGCACAUAGCACCACUACCACUACAACACAAGAUCAGGGUUUUGACUGCUUCUUGACCCUAAACUCCUCCAAACAGUACUAUGGCUCUCCAUCUCAGACGCAAGUGCCUCUUACUCUUCUGGAGAAUUGGCUUUUUGAUGAUGGAGCUGCUCAGUGCCAUGAAGAUCUGAUGAACAUGUCCCUCGAAGAAAGUACCGCAGGUUUGUUUUAGAAAAAAUUGCAUCUUUAAGCUAAGGUCCUUUAUUAUGCCUUUUUUUAUGAAAGCCCUCUCUUCCAAGUCUAUUGAGCUAUUGCAAAUUAAAUGGAAAACUUUUCUAGAGCUGUGUACGUACGAGAAGGGUAAUUAAUAGCCUCUCACAUCUACAAACAAGAAUUGUACAUUACAAGUACAUCUGUAUCCUUUGUUAAUUUGCUAUGUAUGUACCGAUUAAUAAGAGUUUUAAUGUGUGUGUGUAUUUUGGAUAUCAAUUUACUGUCUCGAAUUCAAGGAUUGCAA